AUGGUAACCUGCACGAUAGGAUGCGCGCUCGCGCUUAGACACGCUUCCCCUUUCCAAGCACCUCUCCGCAUGCCAUGUGCGAACCCCAACGAAUCCGAUGACUCGUCCCCGUCCGUCUCUUGCCUUUUGCGCACCAAUCCUCCCCCCCCCUUUCUCCUCACUAGUAUCCGCGUGGGGAUCUGGGCGGGGGGGGGCGGGGGGAUCGCGGAGGCGAGGAUGGAGAGCAUCACGCACAUUCCCGACCGCAUGUGGGAAGGGAAGCGGGGAUGGGCACAAAGGGGGAUGGGCAGCGGAGGGGGUGCUGACAGUCGUGCUGUGCUGGCACCCGUGGCAGCACAGUCAGCACAGGCGGCAAAAGGCGCUGCUGCUGCAAUCUCCGCGCAUCCCUGUGUCCCUCACCCCCCCUUCACUCAGCCAUGCUCUCGUAUUGCCAUCCUCCCAUUGCCAUCCCCCCAUUGCCAUCCCCCCAUUGCCAUCCCCCUAUUGCCAUCCCCCCAUUGCCGUUCCCCCAUUGCCAUCCCCCCAUUGCCAUCCCCCCAUUGUCGUUCCCCCAUUGCCAUCCCCCCAUUGCCAUUCCCCCAUUGCCAUCCCCCCAUUGCCAUCCCCCCAUUGCCAUCCCCCCAUUGCCAUCCCCCCAUUGCCAUCCCCCCAUUGCCAUCCCCCCAUUGCCACCCCCCCAUUGCCAUCCGCUCAUAG